AUGCCUGACCAGGAUGAGACGCAACCUGUGCAGUCGACCCAUCUGGGGAAUGAUGAUGAUGUCAGCCGAAAGCGCCCUCACCAGCCUCCGUCCGGGUCCCGAUACCCACGAAAACGGAGUCUGAAAGCAUGCCACGUCUGCCGAGCAAGGAAGACGAAGUGCGAUAACGUGCAUCCCACCUGUGGCUUUUGUGCAUCGCUCAACAUACGCUGCUCUUAUGAUGAAGCGGAAAAGGACCAUUCUGCGUUUGAUCCCGCCAGCCUCGAGAUCCUGCGACAACUAAAUCAGAUCAUCACUUCCCAAGACGACUUGCUACAUACCGUUCGCUCGAUAGCUGCUACGCAAUCCCAAUGUGUGCCGUCAGCCCUAUCACCAUCCGGAACGGGGCACACGCAAUUGCGUAGUCUCGGCGACACGUUAGCAUGGGGUGUUAUUGGCAUGCAGGACCAGCAUUCGCCAUACGUAACUAAUGACUGGGGUGGGUGGCAUCCCGACUCUGCGGCGACGACUCCUGCGGCAUCAGCAGGCGUUGCAGCCGUUCGAUGGUUUGGGCUGUUGGCCAACGAUGUCUCUCGAGAAGCUGUCGAGGAGGCUGACGCGCCGCUGGGAGGCGAAGGAGGUUUCCUUGAUCCCGCAGAUGGCCAGAAUGAAGAGGACAUGACACCGCUGCAGCGUGCUACGAGGAUCAUCGAUAAACAUACGCCGAAUGCAAGUGACAACGCAACACCAACUCGAAUGACAACAAUCAUCGAAGAGAAUUUCUGGCAAACCGCGGAGAACAUAUGUCUACUUGAUAGGGAGCAGGUACUAUUUGCCAACUUUCUCAACCGGAUCUGUUCUUGGCUUGACUUGUUUGACCCCGGACGCACCUUCUCAACUCGAGUACCUCACCUCGCUGUCCGUAACGCAGGUUUGCUUAAUGCGAUUCUCGCCCUCUCCGCCUAUCACCAGUCCCUUGACGAGAGUAUCAGUCUUGAUGAGCGUGCAGAUCAGAGCAUAGCUUUACAGUAUUACUAUCAGACUCUACAUUAUGUGCAAAAGGCCAUGCGAUACCCCACUUAUCAAGAUAGCCAAGAGCUCAUGGCAACCACCCUCAUUGUGUCAACAUAUGAGAUGCUACGUGGCUCAAGAAAAGACUGGGAGCAUCACCUGCAAGGAGUGUUCUGGAUCCUCCGUUCUCGUCAGAUCAAAGUCGAAGUCGCCAGCCUCGAGAGCACGACCUGGUGGGCCUGGCUGCGUCAGGAUAUCUGGGUUGCCUUUCGUGAGAAGCGCCGGACAUACAGCACCUGGACUCCCAAGAAGACGUAUGCUGAGCUGAGCAGCCACGAGCUAGCCUCACGAGCAGUGUGGAUCAUGGCUCAAGUGGUUAACUACUGUGCUGUCGACUCUUCGGACGACGUAGAAGGGACACUCCCGGGGAGACUCGGCUGGGCCAAAGCGCUUAGGAAGAUGUUGGACGAGUGGUAUUCCCACCUGACCAUGGAAUUUUCGCCUCUGCCUGCCACAAGCCGCAACAGUGAUCAAGUAUUCCAGCCUCGGCUGAUACAUCCUCAAUGCUUUGGAUUGGCGAUGCAGAUUCAUUAUGUAUCUCGUAUUCUUCUUUGUGCUCAUGAGCCAUGUCUUGGCGGUAUCGAAGCAUUUAUCAAGCACCAGAGGACGAUUCAAGAUGGUAUCGAAAUGGUGUGCGGCAUUGGCAUGACGCUUACAGAAGAUGCUUCGAGUAUGCUAUCGUCUCAGUGCUUAUUCAUCGGUGAGUAUCUGGCAUAG